AUGUUGCCGUCCUUCGGCGCGCGGGCCGACCGCAUCAUGCAGCUCCUGCUGGUGCCCUUGGUGGGCGCUUCCACUGCAGCGCUGCAGAUGUUCCUGCCCGGUGGUGCUCCGAUUCUCUCCUUCUUGCGUGUCUACCAGUUCACACGUGCCAUGCAGGACCUGGUAGAGUUUUUGUUUCUGCUGAACGGCAGCCAGCAGCACAUCUUGGAUAGCUUGCCCAAGGAGAAGAUCACCCUCUUUUCCAAGUUCCCUUUGUGUUGUGUUUUUGGCUGGUCUUGCUGUGCGCACCGGCCGCGCUUGGGACACUUGCGGUUCUUCGUCGCCGGUAUCAGGCAGUUCAACUGGCUGAUGCCAUUGCUGGGCGUCAUCAGCGUCUACAUGGAAUCUCAGAAUUACCCUUACGAUGAUCCGAUCGAGACGGUCUGUCGGACCUUGACCACGGUGAGCACCUUCUUCGCCAUGUGGGCCUUCAAAUGUUUGUUGCCCUUGAUGACCUACUCCAUCACUGCCACCACGGUGGACCCCGACCGCAUCGCUCAUAUGGAGAGGCGGGGCGAGACGAUGCGAGAUGGAAACAUCCAUCGAUGGAAGUGGCGGGAGGAAGUGAUGGCAACGUCUGCCUAA